CGCGUAGAUCGUCAGGAUGGUUGCGCAGGCGGUCCUCGCGGUGAAAGUUGUGCGCGGGGAGGGGGCGCCUAUAUCAGGCGACGUAUGCUCGCGCGCACCACUCCGCAACCUCACAGUUUGUCUUGUGUUCGUGUCGCCCGCGAAGUUCUCUCUUCUUUCACAAUGAAGUCCGUGGUGCUGUGCGUGCUGGUGGUGGUGGCUGCAGCGGCUGCUGCUCCUCAGCGGGAGGGAGCUGCCUACACGCGGGAGGCCAUCAAGCAGGCACAGAACACACACCUCAUCCCCAAGGACGCAGAGAUCCAGAAGGUCCAGGAAGGUAUCGAGCUGGCAGCGUACGAGUCCAUCCCCGUGAACCAGAGGAUCAACCUGUUUGAGAUCCUGGGUGACCAGGUACCUUCCGAGGUCAUCAACAACCUGCAGGGACAGAUCGACCAGAUCGGUCACCGCCAGUAAUCUAUUAAUACUUAAGAAGCAGUGUUUCACGACGACCAGUAGCGGCUGAAACUUACAUGGAGAAGAUGCGCACUGCUGAGUGUUGCAGUUCCAAUGGAUGCUGCCUCGCACGAGGUCGCCUACAGAUUGGCGAUGAUGGACAAUAAUGUGGUGGUCAGCUCGAGGCCACCCUCCACUGUUGCAACCGCUACUGGCCCCCGGUGAAGACACCGUCGAGUUAUAUUUAAUUUAUUGGUGAC